AUGUCUGGUAACAGCGAAUCACCGGAGUCAUGUCCAUCGAUAAAUAAAGCCGAAGUGAGCGAAGCAAGGGAUGCCUUAGCUAAAGUAUGUAACCAUGACUGUGAAUGUAUAAACAGGAGCAUAACAACUGAACUUGAAGGUAUUAAAUUAGACAUAGCAAUUUUGGAAGGCAAAUUAUUACCCGAAGUAAUUUCCCAAAAUGCGUCGAACACUAACUUACUUAAAGCCAAACAAGCAAAUGUGGAAGCCAUUAUACAGCAUCAAGAAGAAAUGAUUCAUAAACUUAGCGAGGAAAAUUCAAUUUUUAAAUCGAAACUUGUGUCGCUUGAAAAUCUUGUAUUUAGAUUAACAGUUAAUAACCUGGAGAACAAUGAUCGUGGGUCGGCAACUAAUUCAAUUAAUACUCCAAGCGUAACGACACCAUUAGCAGUGUGA